GUGUCUGUUUUCCUCUCUCCUGCAGUAGUGAAAUCACAUCACACAAUGCCAGCAGGUGAAACUACAGAUGUGACUUGUGGCUCGUGUUCCAGGUGGUAAGAAGCCACGGCCGCCACGCAAAAUGAGCUUAAUCAUGGAUAACAGACUGGAGAACACUGAUACAGAGGCGGAGGUGAGAAAGUUGCAGGCGUUAGUCAAGGAACUGGAGCUGCAGAACGAGGAGCUGCGGACUGAGAGGCAGCAGUUGAUGAAGGAAGGAGGCAGCAGCACGCCCUCCCAGCAGUACUCAGCACCAGGCACGCCCAAGAGGCAUCAGGACAGCUCCCUAGACGCCAUGGUUCCCCUGCACCUCGACGAGUCCAACCUUAGUGACGAGGAGACGUGGCUGUUUGACUCCCCCAAGACGAAGCCCCACACGAGUGACUGGCUGCGAAAGGACAUGGAUGACCCCGCGCUGGUUACCUCCAAGAAAUCCCUCAUCAACAAGCUGGACCAGAUCGCCAUGUCGCCACAUCACUCGCCAAGACACUCCUUUAGCCCCUGCUCCUCCUCUGGCGUGCUGUCCCCAGAGUCCCCGCCCUCCUCCAGGGGUGAAAUAGAUACCAGGACCUUUGUGCGUUCCAAGAAGAAAAGGUCAUUAGCUUUUGGUGAGGCUGUUAAUGAUGAGAACAGAAAUUCGUUGCUUAAAAGAGAGGGGAGUUCUCGUGAGUACCUGGCGCGGUCGAGUGGGUCUCUUGGGUCGGAGGAGGACGAUCGACUGAGCUCAGCAUCGGAGGGCAGUUUCUCCUAUCAACUGACGGAUGUGGCAGAUGUCAAUGCCCUCGCCAGACUGCAGGAGGAGAGUUUAAAGCUUCCAGACCCAAGAAGAGGUUCACGCCUUCCAGGCAUCCGCGCGGGUACCAGCCUUCCGAGUGGGCACCCGUACUCCUCGGCUGGUUCAGGAGGGUCGGUCACCAGCUCCCAGGAGGACCUCAUAGCCAACGCCCCCACGUCAGGCAGUCCCCGCCGCCCCCCCAGAGGUCUGCAGGCCCCCACGCGCUACUCAGCCCACAACACGCCUUCCAGGGAGGGGUCGGAUCUGUCCACACCUCCUGACAGUCCCUAUAACUCCCAGCACAACCUUGAGUAUUGUAAUGGCCGCAGCAGUGUGGGGGGCGGCGUGGGCAGCAUGCGGGCACCAGGGGGCCUUCACCGCGGCCUGGGAGGCAGCGAUCCACGGCUCUUGGACCACCACCCCCACACCACGCCAGGCAGUAGCAGGGGGGCCUCACCAGCGCGCUCCCAUGGCUCCCCUUCCGCCUCACAGACCGACCUCCGCCACCCCUCCAGGACUUCCAAGCUGCAGACGCCCCAGAUGAGGAGCCGUCUGAGCGCCCCCUCCCCAGUGCGAGUGUCGGCCGGUGGUGCAUCAGGUCUUCCCCAACCCACUGAGAUCCCUAAACCCAAGUCCAGUGGUAUUCCUAGGCCAGGAUCUCGCCUCCAGGCCCCCCGAACAAGGUCUGGUCUGGCUCCCCCUCGCUUCCAGGCUGGCUCUCAGGAGGACUGGCGGGAUGGGUGUUUCUGAGUGCUGUUGGGGGGCGCCUGCUGCCCUCCCAGGCUGUGCGAUGGCGCGGCGGUGCUCGGUGGCUGCCGUGGAGACUGCACUUGGUCAUAACUCCAGUAAUGUUAGCAGUGUUAAGAGAUUAUGCAUGAUUUAGGUCAGCGCGAAGCAACUCGGUGCAAUUGUUGAUAGGUAGGGGAGACUUUGCCACGCCGGGCUGCUUCUGUGACGCCCCGGUGCCGUGUGGUGGUGUGUGGGAUGGCUCGGUGCCUCCCUGGUGACUGCUGCUAGUGAUGCUGGUGAUGCAAGACUAUGAACACUGUAUUGGUGCAACGAGAUGGUGAUAGUGGUGGUGACAGUGAUUGUGGUGGAGCUGUGUCACCCCCAGGUCCCCCAGGUCACCCCAGGUCACCCCUCGCAGUCUGUGGCCACACAUUCCAGCCUUCCCUGGGCCUCAGGCAGGAACCCCUUAGUGCUGACCCUAGCUAGGCCUUCUCUCUCACUGCUGCUGCCGCCUCACUGCCUCCCAUCGCUCCUGUAUGGGGGGCAGCGGUGGUGGUGGUGGUGGUGGUGACGUUCUAAGGUGUAGGGGCUUGAGACAACUGCUUCUUGGAUAAGCUUUAAGCAAUAAGUAUCUAAUGAUUUUUUAUGGUGUGUGUGUGUGUGUGCGUGCAUGUGUGAGGACUGCAAUGCCUCAGACAACACGACAACGGAUUUAUGCAACAGUUGCAUAUCAUAUUAUUCCUCUGUUCCUCCCACACUUGUUGAUGCCUCAGCAAUGGACAGGGCUGGAGGAGGGCUGUCUGUCUGUCUGCCUGCCUGCCUGUCUGUCUGUCUGUCUGCCUGUCUGUCUGUACCUUUGACAGACACCAGAUUUAUGAAUUUUUAUUUAAACCAACAUUUUAAUGCCUCAGUGAUGGACUGGGUUUGGAGGAGGGCUAUUUGUCUGUCUGCCUGCCUGCCUGCCUGUCUGUCUGUACCUUAGACAAACACCAGACCCAUCAACUUUUAUUUAAACAAUGUAACAUAUAUUAAGUUCUGUGCUAAAAGUUUUAAUGCCUAAAUAAUGGACAGGGAUUGGAGGAGGGCUGUCUGUCUGUCUGUCUGUCCCUACUUUAUAUAACAGAUUAUAUUUAACUGACUAAUAUUCUUUAAGUCUCUCUAAAUUAAAUAUCCCUUCCAUUUCUCUCUCUUCCUUCUCCUUUCUUUAACCUUCCUUCCUUCCUUCCUUCCUUCCUUCCUUCCUUCUUUCCUUCUUUCCUUCCUUCCUCUCCUUUAGCUUAAUCUACUUUUCAUCCUUCCUUCCUUCCUUUCUUCUCUCCCUCCCUCCCUCCUUCCCUCCUUCCUUCCUGCCCAGUGAUUUGUGAUACAUUUUAUAUAUUUUACCAGUGUGUUGGUUACUUGAGGUCACGAUGGCUGGGAGUGUGCAACGCUUGUGGGAAGGGCAGGUCAGCUUACUAACUUGGGUCACUUGCGGUCAGGCUGCUGUUUUAAGGGUCAGGUUAGGUUAGGUUGGUAUAUUUGUCUUAUCUGGCUUUGUUUAUUGUGUUUAGGUUAGGUUAGGUUAGAUUAGGUUAGGUUUGAUGUGGUAUUCUGACUAAGCUUUGUGAUUAAGUUAGGUGACAGUAUCCAGGGGUAGACAUAACCUAACCUAACCUAGCAGCACAAUAUCAAUAGCCAGGGGUAGAAUAGGUUAGACAACAACCUAACCUAAUGUAACCUAUCUUAGCAGCACUGUAGUCAAGGUUAGUGUAGGUUAGAUGCUGUAACCCAACCUAGACACAAUAUUCAGGAUUAGAUUACGUUAAAUGAGAUCUAACCUAAGCCAGACCCCGACAGUGAGGGUGCCUGCUGGCUGAGUGUUCCUGCCCAGUGCCUCCCCCUGAUGUGAGGUGUGGGUGGCAGUUUGAUGUGAUUCUCAUGUGUCUCUUGUGGCCUCCCUGGACACACUGCUGGUCUGUUGUGUGUGUCGCAGCCUCUGUGUGACAUGCGACCUGACUGUAAUGGAACCAAGUGUGUGUGCGUUUGUGUGUGUGUUUGUCUUGAUUGUAAUGGAACUGAGUGUGUGUGUGUGUGUGUGUGUGUGUGUGUGUGUGUGUGUUUCUGUUUAAUGACCAUGGCAGGUUACCGCUCGUUAGGUUAGGUUAAGGUACUACAGCUAAUGUAAUCUUAGACUAACCUAACCUAACAUUGAGCUAGUUUGGGCAGUCUGUGUAGAUUAAGUUAGGUUAGGUUAGGCUUGGGUACCUCAACUAAUCUAAUCUCACAUGAUCUAUUGUAAACUAACUCAGCCUAACCUAGCCAGCUAUUGAAGGUCAGGACAGGUCAGGUUAGGUCAUGGUGACUAACCUAACUGAUAUAACAUGCAAUUAUUGACGCUGAGAGAAAUAUUAGUGAGAGAUUGUGUGUGUAAGAGAGGUGUAAGAAAUAUAGAGGUUAGGCUGUCUUUACUAACCUAACCUAACUUGAAAAAUAAUGAUAAAAUAGUGAGAAAUUAAAUGUGUGUGUGUAUGUGUGUGUGUGUGUGUGUGUGUGUGUGUGUGUGUGUGUGUGUGUGUGUGUGUGUGUGUGUGUGUCAACAAAACGAACAAGAAACAGGGUUAGGCUGUGUUAAGUUAGAUAAUCUUGACUAACCUAACCUAACCUACAAAACAAUGAUAAAAUAGUGAGAAAUUGAAUGUGUGUGUGUGUGUGUGUGUGUGUGUGUGUGUGUGUGUGUGUGUGUGUGUGACAACAAAACAAACAAGAAACAUUGGGGUUAGGCUGUAUUAAGUUAAACAAUCUUGACUACCCUAACUUAUAAAUCAAUAAUGAAAGAAUAGAGAAAUCAAACAUAUGCAUCAACAACAAAAACAACAAACAUUGACUCAUACACCCCAAUAUGCAGCAUUGUCGUACCUUACCAUCCUCCUUGCUUCGUUUCCCCUCCUUGCCUUGUUUCCCUUCACUGUUUCCUCAUUAAACUACAUCCCAUUAUGCAGCAUUGUCAUAUGUUACCAUCCUCCUUGCUUCAUUUUCCCUCCUUGCAUUGUUUCCCCUCACUGUGUCCUCAUUAAACUGUUUUCUUACUCUUAUUUUCCCUGGAAUAGUCAAAGUUAAUUGCUACCAGAAGUUGUGAAUUAGUAAUAUUGUUUCUUUACUCUUCAUUCUUCAUUUUUCAUUAGUUAUUUAAGCCUCCCCUGGUUUUAGAGACAAUUGAUAGAUACCUUACCAAACUGUUCCUUUUUUUUACUCUUCGUCCUUCACUUUUCAUUCGUUAUUUAAGUCUCCCCUGGUUUUAGAGACUGAUAUUUGCUACCACAACUUGCUAAACUCUUCCUCUUACUCUUCACACAUAUUUCAUUCAUUAUUUAAAUCCCCACUGAUUUUAGAGACAGAUAUUUGCUUCCACAACUUACUAAACUCUUCCUCUUCCUAUGUAAACUUCAUAUUUCAUUCCUUAUUUAAGUCUCCCCUAAUUUUAAAGACAAUCGCCACCAGACAGCACAAAUAAGAAGAGCAUUUCUUUGCUUUCCACACUUAACACUUCACCUCACACUUCCAGCACCCCACACAGCCUUUGCUUCAAGUCUGUGUGUUUUCAGAAGUGUACGGUAUCGACUUUUCCCAGGAGUCUUUUUUUUUUACAUUGAGGCCAGAAAAUGACACAAAACGUUAUAUUAAGCCUGUUUGGAAUUAUACCCCCUUAAAAAUUAUAUAAAGUCACUAGAAUAUCUCUCCAAAAAUGUAUAGGAAAGUAUUUAUGUAAUGAUACCUGCCCAAAAAGUAUAAAAAGCCUAUUUAGAAUUAUAUCCCCUCAGAAAGUUAUAUUGUAAAGCUUGUUUAGGAUAAUGCCCCCCCCAUCUCCCCCUCCUGAAAAAAAUAUAGAAAAGUGUAUUUAAAACAGUGCCAUCCCCACAAAAAAUUACUCUAGAGAAGCUUGUUUAGAAUAACGGCCAUUUUGAAUGCUGCCUAACCCAACCCUCCAAAAAGCCAAUUUAGAAUAACCGCCCUUUAAAAAGUAAAGAAAACAACCUUUACAACAAUACCCAUUAGAAAAAAAAGACAAUAAAACGAUGAAAUUAUCUUUAUCCUCACUGCAUGUUACUUUUCUCCUACGGUUUUGUCUCGGAAACUCCAAAUUGAUGUCCAUUUAAUUAUUUCAGCAUUGUCGAGGGGCAUUGAUCACUUCUGGCAGCCCCAAAUUACCAUCCUUGUGUUCCUUCCCUUUAAUUCACUACUGUUGGGUCCUGUGGCGACUGUUUGCUUACCGAGUGGUUUGAAAUCUUGCGGUACAUCAUUAUUUACCAUAUGGGAGACUAGAGGUUUUAUGGAAGCAGUUUUUAAUCUUUUAUUGGAUGAAUUGUGGAAGUUCUGUGGCUAGUGUUUCUUUACUCAGUGGUUUGAGUAAUGUGGUAAUGUGGAAGGAGUUUUGAGUCUUAUAGUGGAUGAAAUUUGAAUGUUAUGUGGUUAGUUUUUUCCUUAGUGGUUGGGAGUCCUGUGGUAGGGUAGAAGCAGCCCUGAGUCGUAUAACUAAUGGAAAAGUUGUAGAGUUAGUGAUAUAUGACUUAAUGGCAGGGAAUAAUGUCUUGCAGGAUAGAUACAGGUAGAAACAGACUGAAUUUGAGGAUUAAAUGAAAAAGAAUAGUUAUUGAUCUGUUUUGACUGGCAGGGAAAUUGUUUUGUUAUUAUUUUUCAUUGUUUUCCUGUCCAAGAUGGUUAAAAGUCAUAGUUUUGUAGUCUUAGUCCUUGGAAACAGUUCUGAAUUGGAGGAUUAAAUGAAAAAAAUAGUUAUUGAUCUGUUAUGGCAGGGAAUAUUUUUUUCUUGUCAUUUUUCAUUGUUUUCCUGUCCAAGAUGGUUAAAAGAUUAUCAUUUUGUAGUCUUAGUACUUGGAAACAGCCUUGAAUUGGAGCAUUAAAUGAAAAAAAUAGUUAUUGAUUUAUUUUGACCGGCAGGGAAAUAUGUUUUGUUUGUCAUUUUUCAUCGUUUUCCUGUCCAAGAUGGUUAAAAGGCCUUCAUUUUGUAGUCUUAGUCCUUGAAUGGUGAUAGGAAAAGUAAAAGUCAGGUUGGAUAUUGAAAGGUGACUGUCUCUUGGUUUCUUUGUUGUGUGAAGAACUCUGAGUGUUUCAAUGUAGACAGUGAAGCAAGAUUAAUUAUUGAGAUAUUCCAUUUAUUCCAGUGUCUAGUAUUUUAUUUAUUUGUGUAUUUGUUUAUUUAUUUUUAUUUACUUAUUUUAUAUUUUAAAUUUUUUAUAUAAUGUUAAACUCAAGACUAACAAGUUAGGCAAAUAAUGAGAUGUUUUCAGCCAGAACAUUCAUCACAGGACACAGCUGUAAUGUAUAGCUAAUACUUUUUACAUCCAGACCAGUCUCUGCUUUUUGGUAUGUGAAAAUUAAACUGAAAACCAACAUAUUAGAGUCUCAAGUCUUUUUUUCAGUCUCAGCAUUAGCGACAGGACUCAACUGUACUCAUAAACACCACAAAAUUAAAUAGAUAAUGGAUUUAACAAGGAUUUUCCUGUCAAUUAUACUUUUAAAUCCUACAAAACUAACAAACAUGGAAUUCAACGAGGUUUCUCCAGUCCAAACACUCGUAAUGACCCAACUUAUCCUUCGCCACACUUAAAACCGUCAAACUUAACAAAUGUGGGGCUUAACAAGGGUUCUACAGUCUUAACACUCAUUCUAAGACCCAAAAGAACCCUCACAUAUUCACCCACACCACCCAGAACCCAAAACACGUCCGCCUCACAUCAUUGAGUAGAAUUUAGUGGGACAGACGGCAGCGGCUUGUUCUGUGAUGCCAAAUUUACUUAAAGAGUCGUCCUCACUCGCUCCCUCCUACAACAAGCAAAUCCUGCCUUCCUUUAGCUUCUCUCUUUAAAUUUGCGUCCCUCCAAUGUGUGUCUGUGUGUGUGCGAGUGUGUUGCUGCCUCCCUGUUCUUGUGUUGUGUUGUGUUGUUGUUUUGUGGCCCUGUUUGUGUCCCGGUGUGUGUGUGUGUGUGUGUGUGUGUGAUUUGGUGAAGUUAGAUCUGUGUGUGUGUGUGUGAUUUGGUGAAAUUAGACGUGUGUGUGUGUGUGUGUGUGUGUGUGUGUGUGUGUGUGUGUGUGUGUGUGUGUGUGAUUUGGUGAAGUUAGACGUGUGUGUGUGUGUGUGUGUGUGUGUGUGUGUGUGUGUGUGUGUGUGUGUGUGUGUGUGUGUGUGUGUGUGUAUUUAGGUGCCUUGCCAGUUCUCUCACGUAUCAUAUUUACUGAAGUGCCCCCUCCAGCUUGAGCCGUGUCUCCGUUUUCUCUUGAUUAUGGGAAACUUGUGUAUUUCAUGAUGUUUUGACGAUUAUUUUCUCACUCCGGAAAUCUUGCUUGUAUCGCUUGUUUUUUAAUGAAAAGUUGCAUAUUU